GCUCUACAUUAUUUCCAUUCUACAAUUAAAGUCCGUAAGUGCACAAAACACGGUAGAUAGAAAAUUUUCAAUUGAAAUGACAAAUAACGAAAAGCACAACGAAGAUGAGUUCACUUUCCCGGUGUGGUUGAACGAGGCAUUUUUCGAAAAUGUUCUGAAAAACGUCGAAACUGAAACCGUGCAGGUCAUCCGUUUAGAGCUGAAACCAGGCACAUUGAAAAAUGAUAACUACGCAAGUGUUUUAAUUCGAGCCAAAGUCAACUACAGAUUACAGUCGCAGCCAACACAAGAGAAGGUUUCAUCGUUAAUAUUAAAAGUCGAAGCAUUCCAGGAAGGAAACAGGAAAGAAUUGAUGGGAAAAUAUAGUUUAUUCGAUACGGAAAUAACCAUGUAUACUAAGGCGCUGCCGAUGAUUGAAAAGGUACUGCGACAAUAUGGCGACGAAACCCUUUUGGGACCAAAGCUCAUCGCCGUCAGCACCACCACACCGUCGUAUGUGGUUUUUGAAGAUUUAGCACUCCAAGGAUACACCACAAUAGGGUACCGCUAUCCUAAUUUGGAGGAAAUAAAAAUUACAAUGCUUAAACUAGCAAAAUUACAUGCGGUCAGCUACAAAUUGUGCAAAGAGGAGGAAGGCAAUAUCAUAAGUACCUUAGACAAAGGUUCAAUGAAUUCUGUCGACCCCCAUAACUUUCCAGCUCUUAAAUAUGGGAUUGGAUUUAUUAAGGAGGUUCUAAGCAAACACGAUGAUUUGAAACAAUACGUGCCACACAUUGCAUCCGUCGAACAUUUACUAUGCCAAAAGACGAUUGAUACGUUCAACGAAGCCAGCAGUGGUAAACGCGAUGGCAUUUUUGUGCUUAACCAUGGUGACUUUCAUUUGAAAAACAUAAUGAUAAAACAAAAGGACGACAAACUGACAGACGUUAUGCUGCUUGAUUAUCAGAUAAGCAUAUACGGAUCGCUGGCGAUUGAUCUUCACUAUGCGUUCACAAUGAUGUUUAGCCCCGAAUUACGUCGUCACCACUUUGAUGAACUACUCUAUUUCUAUAUCACGAAUUUUCAGAACACACUACGCAAAACGGAAUACAAAGGUCAUAUUCCUACAAAUAUUGAAAUUCGCCUGGAAUUGGCAAAACAUAGAUAUUGGGGGCUUUAUUUACUCCUUUGCUUCCUAUUAUUCAACUAUACAUUUGUCAAUGAGAAUUUAGACAUUGGCGAGGUGGUCGAAAAUCCGGAGAUACAAAGAAAAGAAUUGGAGAAUCCAAAAUUGCUGGAUGAGUUACGGGAGCUAUUACCGAGAUUUCUAUAUAACGGCUAUUUUGAAAUAUAAUAAAUGGAAAAAUACUAAUAAUUGGAAAGAAAA